AUGAGAUUUUUUUGGACUCAAUCGCCUUGAUAUACUUGCUUAUUUAUUGUUCUCUUCUGUUUGAUUUGAAGAAAAGAUUUGGAUAUUCUUGUUUGUACUAUGACUUCUACAGUUCCAGCAAAGUCUAGUAACCCACUUCACAACUUUGAUUUACCAUACUUGAAAUGGAAGAAGAAUCAGCACUCAAACAAUCACCAGCGCGGCCGAUCAAAUAAGCUUUCUUCAGAUUCAUCUUCCCCGUCGCGCCAUCAUUCGCCGCAGCGUCAAUCACAAUCUCACUCUCCAAUGCGUGAAUCCAUGGCGGCGCGUCAGUCUCCCAUGCGAGAGCCUAUUCCGGGGUUUCGUCAGUCUCCCAUGCGCGAAUCAUCCUCUCCGAUGCGUGAUUUGGUUGUGGCGAAUCACCGGUCUCCGAUGCGUGAUUCUGUUGUGGCGUCUCGCCGGUCUCCGAUGAGUGAUUCUGUUGUGGCAUCUCGCCGGUCUCCGAUGCAUGAUUCUGUUGCGGCGGCAUCCCGACGGUCUCCGAAGUCUGAAUUUGUUGCUGCGGCUCGCCAGUCUCCGACGUCUGAAUCCAUUACGGCGUUUCGCCAGUUUUCCAUGCGUGAUUCCGUGCCUCCACGUCAGUCUCCGAUGAGGGAGUCUGUGCUGCCGCGUCAGUCUCCAAUGCACUGUGAAUCUAUUCCUGAAUCGGACAAGGACAGAAGUGUUGUUGAGUAUCGUAGGCAUUCACGAAUUUCAGCACCUGAAAGUACGAAGAAAGGGAUCUGUGAGAAAUCAGAUAAGAAGCAUAAAGUAGUAGAGGUGGAUGCGGCUGGGAAUAAAGAAGGUAGAUCGAAAAUCUUGCUCAAAAUCCCUCGGAAAAACAAGGCCGAGGAAGUCCAUGAAGAGCAAAAGGGUGAUGAAUCUCAAGAGGUUACUGCAGACGAGGAAGCUGCUGAAGAUACAGCACCAAAGACGUGGAAUCUGAGACCCAGAAAGGCUGUACAAAAAUCAUUGAAUGUGAAUGGAGGUCCAUUUCGAGCCAGUGGAUCGGUGCUACAGGAGAACAAAUCUCAAUCGCCUCACAUGAAUGUGAACAAGCCAGAAAAUAAUGAAUCCAACCCUCCGAAAAAGGAAAAAAGGCCUAGGUUUUCGAUAGCCCUCUCCAGAGAAGAGAUUGAUGAAGAUAUAUAUGCUAUGACUGGAUCAAAGGCUACAAGAAAACCUAAGAAGAGAGUAAAGACUGUUCAGAAACAACUUGAUACGCUCUUCCCUGGUUUAUGGCUAGCUUCAAUAACUCCCGAUUUGUAUAAAGUUUGUGAAAAUGUUCCAAAGGGUUAAAAGCAAUCCUUCAAAGGUGGUGGUUGUCCUUCGAAUGUCCUUUGCUUUUUGUGGAAGUUUGAAGGUGAUGGCUUCCAAAUUUUAUGAUUGCAUUUGGAGGUAUAAUCAGUUCUUAUCUGUAAAAGAAACAUGAAAAGGAAGAAUAAACCUUUUUUUCCCAGCACUAGUUUUUCAUUAGGUUUCAGAAAUAGCUGCUGAAGUUUAGUUUUUAAUUUUUUUAUGAUAAAGAAAGCUGAAGUUUAGUUCUUUGAUUUCAUAUCCAUAGUUGCAGAUGUAAAUAUGGCUUUCUAACAAAUUAUUGGAAAUUCUCUUUUCAUAUCCCUAUGCUGUUUAUACUU